UCAACAUAGCACGGUUGAACACAUUUUCCAAGAAACUUUAGGUAAUAAAUUGGACAAUCCUUUAGAUCCUGAAAUGACCAGUACUAAUGCACAGACCCUUGAUGAGUACAUUAUGAAUUGGAAUACAGAUGAACCCUUAAUUGGACUCAAUUUUGUAAUUGAAUACCAACGUGAAGAAGGAAGAGAGCCAAUUUAUGAAUGUAUGUUAUGUGAAUUUACAGGACACCUGCACAUAUUUGUUUUACACCUUUCUAGUUUCAAGCACAGAAUGAAUUAUAUGACAAAAGAAUAUCCAGAAAUUAUGAAGUUGGAUGCAAGUAAACUAAAGCACGAGGAAUUGUGUGAUAUUAUUAAAGAAAGAGCUGCGAUUAUUCAGAAAUUGGAAGGAAAGAAGAGCAUACAGGUUGUCAGAGGACACAAUCCGCCCUGCACUAUUAGUAUGGUUGAAAGAGUUCCAUUUCAAAGCAACAGUUGGCAGCAGGAAUGGGAGAAAAACCCUGUAAAAAUGGAACAAAAUUUGAUGGAAGGUAUAAGAAACCUAAGAGAGCAAUCGGUGAGAAAUGAGAUAAUGUUUUCAACUCCAAGAGAUGGUGGACAGUAUGGAGCAGAUGUCAGAACUUCCGAUACAUAUUCUGAUUUGAGAAGGGAUGGUAGAGACGUGCGUGAAGAAAAUAUGGGAGCUACUGUCAGAUUUACAUAUAACAGAACGCAAUACAGAGGAACAGUUUCAAGUGGUUCCACUGACUGGGAUAGAGACAAAAAAGAACAAUAUGUAGAAUCCACUGUAGGUUAUGAUAAAUAUUCUAACAAACGAAUAUGUGAUGACAGAAGAGGACCACAGGAAGAUCACGUACAAGAAGCAUCUGGAUAUGAUGAUUGGAAAAACGUCCACCAACGGGAAUCUGAAAAUGAAUUCAGAAGUUCAGAUAGGUAUUCGAAUGUAAGAAAAAAUGAGCAGCCUCAAUAUCAAGGUGAUGGUAGAGGCACUAACUACAGGAAAGAUGACCGAAAAUAUGAGGAUGAAUACAGUGCAAGAGAACAAACUGGGAAAGUAGACUACUGCAUGGAGCAGAAGAGUGAUUUUGCCCAACCACAGAUUUUUUCAGAUGUGGUCGAUCUUAAAAGAAAGAAACUAUAUGACUAUUUGCAAAGCUUUAAGAUAAAAAGUGAAGCUGAUGCCAGUUUUGUUCUGAAAGUCACAAAAGCUUUCAAGGAUGCUUUAAUCCGUUACUAUCAAAGAAAAGGACAUGACCCAGCCAUAAUGGCAACAUUUGAUCAGAGAACUACAGGAUCCAGAUCCAUCGGUGCACAGGGCGGCUAUUCCAGAUAUAAUCCUGAUGUGUCAGCUUCAGCGACGCGAGACUCAGAAAGCUCCAGAGGUGUUUACGAUUGGAAACAGGAUUCUUUGCCAACAAACUUGAGCCAAUCACAUGAUUCCACUUUGUACCAAUCUUCUACCACUCCUGCUUUGUAUUCUUCAAACAAGGGAUAUUCAACAGAUUAUAAAUCCAAUCUAAACCGGGGACCAAAUGCAAGCAAUGCCUAUUCUCGUCGUUAAGUUCAUGUCAAGGGUAUAUAAAGGGAAUAAUGGAAGGAUGGGAAUGUUGAAUUUAAAUUUUGCACUGCUGCAUUACAUCACUAGUAAUGAGAACCAAGUACAUAUUUUCCUUUGAUUUGUUUUAAUUUUUAACAUCUGCAUGCUGUUUUUGAUUUACCUUAAAGCCUCAGUACCUAUAACCUAAAUGAGUUGUAAUCCAUAUGUAAUGGUCUUCGUUAUUUUGUUUAAUUACAUACAAUCGAGCUGGUGAAAUUAAACAAUAUAUUUUCUCAUUUCCCCUCUCCCUGCUAACCCCACCUCCUGACCAAAAACCCCAAACACAAAUAUACUUGAUGAAACCCACAUGAUCCAUCAACAGAUAAGCCAUAGUCAUGACUGAAGCUAAUAAUUUCUCCACUUUUGAUUUUCUGUAUUUAUUCCGAUGCUCCUUUUUUUCUGUUUAGUCUCAGGAGAACAAAUCUUCAGGCAUCAAUAUUCCUUCAAUCUAACUGGCAUGUAGACAUUUAAAUGCUGGUGUGCAUUCCAUUUUCCCUCAAAUGGUAUCAUAAAAUAUAUUUGUAUUGGGUAUUAUUGGUGACAUUCAAAGCAGGACUCCUGCCUGCCUUUCUCUUUCUCUUCUCCCUUCUCCAACUCCUAUCUUCCUUAACCAGCACCACACAGGUCACUGCUUUGUGAGCGAAAAUCAACCAACUUUGCUUUUACUGGGCCGGCGAAUCUUUCUGGUGUUAUCAUGAGUGUAGGGUAAUGAGAGUUGCACAAAUCUGCAUUUUGAAGUCCAACUUGAGGCUGCCCAUUACAAUUAACAAUUGGUGGGUGAAAGCCAAAGGAAAGAUCAAUUAUAAUGCAUUCAAACAAUUAGACAUUUUCUAAACAAAUCAAUCAUAAAUCUGUUAAGUAGCUUCAUGUACUGUUUUCAAUAUGUGAUAGGGAGCAGACAAAUUUUUUUUUUUCAACAAUCUUAUUUAUUCCAAUAUAUCAAAAAUGCAGCCCUCUUCCAGUUUAAAUUGAAGACACACCUGUGUCAUUCCUUCAGACAUACUUGCUCUGGCGCGCAAUAUGCUAAUUAGAUGUAACGUUCAGAAAAGGUAGCCAAAACCAAUGAUAUAUUGACUUGAAUUAUCUUGACAUUGGGAGAAAGGUUCCCUAUAUGCAAAUUUGUGAGAAGCUUGGAAAACCAGCAAUAAUGUAUAAUUAAACAAGAAUGCUAAAUUCUCCCAAGGCUCUGUUGGUCAUGGUAAUCUUAGAAAGUUACACACCCAAGCUUACUGGUGAUGCAUACAAUUAAACAUAUAUGAUUUGAUGGCUGUAAAAGGUUUAUACAAUUUUAUAUGGUUUCAUGAUAAUAAUGGAAACAUUCAAAUGUAAUGCUUCUAAAGCAGUUCAAAUAGCCAUCUAGUCAUAUUACUUGCUUGUUUCUACACCUGAAUAUUUUAACAUUUAUUAUAUUAUGUACUGGCAUGGUUUUCUUUCUCUUGAACGAUGUGGAAAUGCCAGUUGUUUACCUGAAUAUGGAAGAUAAGACUAUUUUGGAAAACAUCAUGAAAACAGUCAUUUAAAAACAUGAUUGUUUCAUAACUGUUUAAAAGCGAUUGCUUGAGAGCGAUUUGUAUUUCUGUGAUAUACAAAUCUAGGUUGCAUAAGUCAUUUUCUGCAUGGCAUACACACAAUGGUGCUCCUUUUAUUUAGUUAAUGUUGCUUUAAUUAGCCUGAAUGCAUUGAUUAACAAAAUUAAUUUCCAAAAUAUGGGGACAUAUGUACCCAAAUGUAAGAAUCCUAAUGCUAAUAGUUAUUUUUGUGUAAAUGUUACCUGAUUGUUUGAGUAUUGGAUUUUCCUUGCGACUUUUAAAUGGAACAAGUUUUUUGUCAGUUAUAUCUGUGUAUAUUAAUUCUGCAGGAAAUAUUUCAUAUCAGAAAAGAUAAAUAGGGAUAUAUGCAUGAUCAUAAAUCAUUCUACAAUUGGACUUCUACAGUUGGACGCAGGUCCUCCCCAGGUUGCGACAGAGAGCUGUUUAUAACCUGAACAGUUCGCAAGUCAGAAUCGCAGCCAUGAACCAAGUUCCCAAAAGGCAAAAGAUGCCUGCAUCCCCACAACUUGUAUGUACAGGCUGCCCAGAUAUUGGGCAUUCGUAACCCAGGGAGGACCUGCACAUGACUGAACAAAUAAAAUUUAAAGUAUAAAGAAUAUAAUUUUGAUGGUGAAAAUAGUUUUAAAACAUAGUAGAUGUAUAGCAAUAAUUUGAUGUUUAAAAUGUUACCCCGCUGCGAAAAUGAUCUCUAUUCUGAAGUUUU